UUAAUCCCCAGGGAGAAGUGACGCAUGAACCCUUUCACUUCAAAGUCCGAAACAUCCUUUUCUCUCACUUUGAAGUUUGAAACUAUUUGGAUUCAGUCCCUUAAAUAAUCUUUUCAUCUUCGAGGAUCUUUGUUUGUCCUGUCCAUGAGAAAGAACCUUGUAAACUACAACAAGAUCAAGAAUGUCAAGGAAGGCCAGAUAUUUUGGUUCGGUUGAUCUCCAUGCCAAGUCAUGAUUUUUGGCCUUUGAACAGUGUAUUGUAUGUGGUAUGAAAUCCACACCAAGGCAUACAAAGUAUUUUAAGCAGGACAUAAGAAUUUACAGGUUCCAUGACAUACUGUAUCUUAGCAUGUAUAGGUGAAAAUAAGUGUCAUAUUACAGUAAAUUACAUAUUAUUAACUGCGCCAGAGCCGUUCACAUCUGUUCAUCACAGUUACCAUCCUGUGGGUUUGGAGGGUUUCCAUUUUCUGGGGUAAUUCUGAAAGUAGUUCAUUACAGGUGAUGUAUCAUAAAGUAUGAGCCAUCUGGCUGACUGUGGUAAUACUAAAAAUAUCAUAUGAUUUAGAGCAGUUGAAAAAAACAACUAAUUUCUUCUAUUACUAAAAAGAAAUACAAAUGUGUUAUUUUUUGAUUGUGAUUUAAAGGCAUCAACUAAAAUGAGAGUGUUUAAUUAAAAUAGUUCAUUUUCAUUUUAAACAUAAUUCUGUUAUGGCUGCGUAUUUGCAAGUAAGAUGCCUGCAAAGUGACGCUGAAUCAGAAACAAACUUCUCAGGCGUCUAUUUUCAGCACAUCAGAGACCCAAUUUCCACCAAAACACCAAGAACCAACUUUGCACAGCCUCAUUUUGAUGAACCUCUCACCACUUUAUCGUGCUUGUCCUCAUGCAAACCAAAUUUCAAAGUCAGAAAAAUACAAAACUCUGCGCUGGUCGUUGAAAUGAAAAUAGGGCCCUAACAACCACACUAGCUUCUCUGUGAGGCAAUACUUAGGCACAGCAGAGCUUUGCAUGCCAACAUGCUCACAGUGAAAUAGAUAGAUUCUUUAUUAUCCUUCAAGGAAAUUUGUUGCCACAGUCUGUACAGAGCCUCACAUGAAUACAUAGAUACACAAAUACAGUACACAUCCACAACAUAACUACAUGAAAGACAUAGCAGAGGGGACAAAACUCCUGCCAUAACUUUUCCAGCCCAUUUCCAGGCCAAGAAUCCGUAUCUGCGACCAGAUGGAAGCAGUAUGAAGAAUGGGUAGAGGGGGUGCAUGGGGUCAUGUACGAUGUUGUGUGCUCUGCAUGUGAUAGCUUUGCUGUUGAGGGUGGGGAGGCCAAUAAUUUUGGAGGCAUUUUGUAUGAUGUGCAUGAGUUUGCACAUAGACACAACACCAUGGUCAUGUUCCUAGAAACUCUGAUUCCAGUAUUGAUCCUGAUAUUUCAUAUAUUCCAAAAAGUGGGAGUCAAAUGUUCACAGCAGAUAUACUGUAGUUUUGAUAGAACUGAAGCUGACUUCUUGGAAACAGCAAACCUUCAUACACACCAAAACCACAGACCAGUAGAGUGUAGGUAUAAGAGCUAGGUAGUGGGUGUCUUCAUCUCAGUCACAGAAAGGGAAACCAGGACACACAGCCUGGGCUCGACACAAGAGGAGGCAUUACUAUCUUUUUAGAUUGACUUCAGUCUCGUCACUUCUUCAUCUUUUUCCAUCACUCCCCUUCCACGAUGACCGAUGACGACAGCUUCAACACCUCUUUCUACAUCUUCUGUAACUCCUCCACCAACUGCUCCAACUCCACCUCAGGAAUACCUUCAACCUCCAACCUCUAUCCCUGGUACACUGUUGCUGGUGUGAUUAUUGCAGUCAGUUGCCUGCUGGGUGUGCCUGCUAACAUCGCCAUAAUAGUAAAACUCUGCCACCGUCUGCACGGCUCAUCCAUCUCGCAGCGCCUCUUCUUCAGCCUGGCAGUGUCGGACCUCCUCUGCCUGCUCUGCCUGCCUGUUGCUGUUGUCAUUUUCUAUGAUGGACCGCAUUUGACACAUGAAGUCUGUCAACUUCUCAUUUAUUUCUUCUUUUUCUGCAUGACCUCGGACUUGAACAUUCUGGUGCUGAUAAGCAUCCAGAGGUACUACCAGGUUCUUCACCCCAAAAAGUGGGACGAGCUUCGCCGGAGAUGGCAGCGGGUUAUACUGUCCAGUGUGUGGCUUCUCGGAGCCCUUGUAGCUCUUCCUGUUGUGUUUUCACUGAUAGACGCGAAAACCGUGACAGAGCAGAACGACGGUCGUUCCUGCAAGAAUCAGAGGAUCACACCUGUGCUCGAAGCAGUGUAUAUUUUAUUCAUAGUUUUCAGCCACCUAGUCUUGUUGACCUUCUACCUGCUACUCGUUAGAGGGCUCAAAAAUAAUCAAAUGCCUAACAAGAAAGACUCUAGUGGUAGAUUUACUAAAAUUUUCAUUCGAAUAAUCGCCGUCUCCCUGGUUGUUGCCCUUCUUCCUCUCAUUCUCCGCGUGCUGUAUGUGGCCGCGCUCUUCACAGCAUCAGACCACCUGAUGCUUAUUAGUAGGAAGUUGACGUUUGUGGAAUGUUUUUACUUUUUCAGUCACUGUCUGAAUCCAUUCCUGUAUUUCUUUUCCUCACGGCAUCAAAAGAGAGACAGCGACAUGAAGAGAAAGACUUUUAUUGACCCUUAAUGACAUCUAAUAUCACUCCUGUAUUGCAGUAUCAUAUUUUAAACUUCUUCACACUCUGUAAACUGAAUAUCUUUGGAUUUUGGAAUGUUGAUCAGACGAAACAAGACAUUU